AUGGCAACAUCCAUAUCCCAGUCUCGUUCUUUUCCUUUACCCAAUACGUCAACUCAAAAUAACCCAACUUCGACCCGGCAAGUACCAGGGACGAAGCCUGCACCUGUGGAUCUCCCUGCUCUUCAAAAUGCUAGUCGUGUCUUGAUAGACCAGCUUGAAAAGGAUGCCCAAAUUAUCCCUGAUCUCGGAGAAACCUUGACUGCUUCUGGGAGCCAAGCCACUUCUUCUUAUAGCAUAUACCCCGACGAUAUUCGAGUACCAUUUCAGAAACGCAAAUUUGUAGGGAUUCCAGACGGCCUGUUUCAAUAUUAUGAAACUGUAAAUGUCACUUCGCAUAUGGGUUUGAUGCCCGAAAUUGAGAGAGUGUGGAUUUCUAUCGACCACAAACUCUUUCUCUGGGAUUACAAUGAUGGUCAAGAAAUUGCUUCCUUCACCGACCAACCAGACGUCAUCACUGGUGUUGCCCUUGUUAAGCCAAAAACGGGCCUAUUCAUCGACGAUAUAACCUAUCUUCUUGUUAUUUGCACUCCAAUAAGCGUUCUCCUUAUUGGCGUCGCCCUGGCAAACCAAAUCACACCUGACGGAAAAUCACGAAGAGACAUUAAACUAUAUGCCACAGACCUUACCAUCUCAACUGAUAUUGAAAUGACUUCUGUCGCGGGAUCCUCAGACGGCAGAAUCUUCAUGUGUGGCCAACAGGAUGGAAACCUAUAUGAAUUGCAUUACCAACAAAACGAAUCCUGGUUUGGGAAGCGAAUUCAACUCAUUAAUCACUCAGUUGGGAGAGGACACAGCCUGCUUCCGAAGUUUGCAGCAGGCUCCACCGAUGAACGUAUCAUCUCUGUGGUCUCUGAUGUUAAAAGAAAUUGCUUUUAUACUCUCAGUGCAACAAACGUUAUCACCAUGUACGCCCCUGCAGGAGACAAGGGGAUCUCACGUAUUCAAACACUCCCGUCUCUUUACAAGUCAGCCCAGGAAAAAGCACCUGGGUCGCCUGCCCUGACUCCAAAGAGUUUUCAAGUUGUCGAUAUUCACGUUGUUGAUCCCUCAGAAUCACGUAUGGGUAUACAACUCAUAGCCAUUACGACAAAUGGAGUCCGUCUCUACUUCGCCCCAUCAUUGUCAUACGACUACUCUUAUGGGUCUAGCUCUUCAUCAGGUGGCAUCCGCCAAAUUUCCAUGGUUCACGUACGUUUGCCACCGAUGAAUUUGAUUCACCCGGAUGAGCAAGAAAAAGUACAUAGACCUGCACCGACUGCGUAUGGGAUCCCGCAGCCCCCAAAGCCAUCAACGACAGGAGGAUAUACCGUAUCUUAUCUGGAUAAUACAUGUUAUGCAAAUGGAUUAGUUGUAGCAACUCAGGCAGGCGAUGUCGAUGGAACUGACUACAUCCUCUGCCUUGCUCCGGACCUCACUCGUAUCGGUAACAUCGGCCAGCUUAACCUGCCACCGCAGCAGCAGCAGCAGCCCCAGUUUAACAGCUACCAAUACAAUGUCGGAAACAACCCCAACAGACGACCGCUCACUGAAUAUGCUACUGUGUUGACGAUACCAGGAAGAACAUGGGCAAUGGCCUCUGUACCUAAAGAUACUAUUUCAACUCCAACUGGCACACCUGCUCCUUCUGGCAUAAACGAAUUGGCCUCGCAAUUUGGAGAAUAUCCCAAUCAAUUCAUGCUUUUGACCAAUGUAGGAUUAACUUUCUUGGUUAAACGGCGAGCAUUGGACUACCUUAGGGCAGUGCUAGAAGAAUUGCAUUCCGAAGGAAACGUUCAGCCUAUCAUUGAAUUUCGAGAUAGCUUUGGACGAGAUCAGACGUGUUCGAUGUUACUUGGUCUUGCCUGUGGCAGUACUUUCUUAGACCCAUCCGGUACUUCUACAGCCGGCACUAUCAAUACUGUCAGCCCCGAAAUUGCCGCUGUUGCUAAACAAGCAUUCUAUGACUUUGGGGAACGCCCUAUUUGGACCGAACGGGUUAUGUAUGGAACUACCGCGGAGAAUAAGGGAUCAGCUAUUUAUAGUGGUAGAAGAGAAGGAUUCGCUCUCUACUUUGCAAGGCUUGUCAGACCUUUCUGGAAGAAAAAAAUCACAGUUGCCAAUUCUUCGGGGGUGCAAGUGUUGAACGCCUCAGAAACUUUGUUACUUAACGUCCAAAAGAAUCUUUAUGCACUCAAAGAAUUUUUGACUCGCAACCCUCAUCUGUUCCACUCUUCUCCGAGCGAACCCACUUCAAGUCGCGCGGUCGUGACCGAACAAGAGGCAUGGAAGGCUGAGCAAAAUUCUGUGUCAGAAUUGCAGGUACUUUUGACAAGGACCAUAGAGGCACUUUCGUUCGUUUUGCUGCUGAACGAUUACAGAUUUGGAGAGCUUAUAUCCAAAUGUGACGCUGAUGUACAAAAGUUGAUUUUCGACCAAUCAUUCGAAGGAUUGAUUACCACUCAGCACGGAAUGACAAUCUCUAGAGCGCUUGUGAACGUUGUCAUCGAUCAGCAAAUAGGACAGCAAAUCAGCGUGGACACUAUAAGCGAAGUGUUGCAGCAGAGAUGCGGGUCAUUCUGCAGCACUGACGAUGUUAUGUUGUAUAAGGCAAAGGAAAAUAUCCGCAAAGCUGCUGAGACUCGAAACCCUAAUGAGCGUCAAAAAUGUCUUACUGAAGCAUUACGACUUUUUUCGAAAGGAGCCAAGAUCUUGGAGUUUGAGAAACUUAGGGAGAUCAUUGGCGACUUCCAGCAAUUGAAUUAUGCUAAAGGCGCUGUCAUUCUCCCUCUCACGUGUGCACAAGUUCAAGACGCAGACAAUGUUGGGCUAGAGUGCUGGUAUGCCGGAAUGAUAGCUGGCGACACUCGCCGUCCACUCGCAGAACAAAGAUUACUCUGCUACGAUCUCAUUUUGGACUCGUUAACAGUUUUCGAAGAUAAGUGUAGCAAACAAAAUUCAGAAAGUACCGGCGGUCAUCCUGUAGACGACCAUGAAACGGUUCGUAGUCAUGCAUACGAGCUUGCCUUUGCCAGUGAAGAUGAGAUGUUCCACUCUACUCUUUAUGAUUGGUUAAUACAACGUAACCUCGCGGACGAUCUGUUGGAGAUGAGGCCUGCAUACCUGGAGGCGCAUCUUAAACGCGAGCCUGCAACUGUCCAAAAGUUCCAAUUACUAUGGAAGUUCUAUGUGAAGAACGGACAGCCGCUGAGAGCAGCUGAAGUACUUGGCGCGUUAGCGGAGUCAACGCAGUUUGAACUUCAUUUGGACUCUAGACUAGAAUGUCUUACUUUGGCCGUCGCGAAUGCCAAAUCACACCCAAUUUCAGUUGGAGGCAGACACGAAACAGCGAUCGCAUUCCUGACAGAUUUGGAAGAGAAGCUGGAUGUUGCCCAAGUCCAAUUAGAGAUCUAUAACACCCUCCUCCCCCAUAUUGAUGAUGCUCCCGAAAUUGGAAAUCGGAUAAAAUCACUUUCUAAUCAAUUGUUUACCAUGACGGAGCUUUACGAAAAAUUCGCCAUUCCUUUCGACCUGCCCGCAAUCAAGCUCUUAUGCUUACAUGUUUCAGAGCAUCGGGAUGAUAACAUCGUGAAACCCAUUUGGCAUCAGAUAUUCGACGAAAUCAUGAAUGAGACGGAUGAUCCGGUGGAAAGGGCAGAUCUCAUUAUGGCUCGUGUAAUUCCACUUGGUCAGCGCUUCUAUCCGUCGGAAAGCUCAUUCCCCACUCGAUACAUUGCGAAUCUCUUGAUCAAAUUUUUGCUGGUCAAUAAGGAAGUUCUUCCUAUGGGUUGGGCAGCUCGUAUUCUUAGACAGUGUAAUGUCCGCUUCGCGGAAAUAUGGGAAUUGUUUCAUGAGAUGUACGAAUCACAAGUACCACCGUUCAACGACCAGGCGAAUGUGCAGGCCAUCUCUGGGGAGUUUGCUAUCCUAAUAACAGAUUGGGUGACUGAGGCUACCCGACCCCAGGCUAAUGUUCUGCGUGCAGAAUUUCCCGUGGGGCGUGUUGACGCUGCUAUCGAUCAGUAUCUUUCGGAGCUUGAACCUGCUCGCACAGAGACCAAAGCUUUGUACGAGGAAGCUAAACGCCAGCUUCGUAGAUAUUGGUAG